ACUGCCGUUUUUUCAAACAUCCGUCAACUUCCCGUGGUUGACGGUGGUGAAUCGAAUAUGCCGACUAGUGACUGUGAUGGUGCUCUGGUAUUAGAAGAUGGUUCGGUAUUCAAUGGCUUCUUGCAUGGUGCUAAGAUUCCUCAGUCUGGGGAGGUGGUUUUUCAGACAGGAAUGGUGGGUUAUGUAGAAUCUUUGACCGACCCAUCAUACCAUUCCCAGCUACUGGUACUAACAUAUCCAUCCAUCGGUAAUUAUGGUGUUCCGUCGCCGAACGAUGUUGAUGAAUACGGUUUGCCUAGAUGGUUUGAAUCAAGUCAAAUAUAUGCUAAAGGGCUAAUUGUUUCUGAAUUGUGUGAAGAGUUUUCUCACUUUUCAGCAGUGAAAUCACUUAGUCAUUGGUUAUAUGAAAGUGGUGUUACGUGUAUAAGUGGAAUCGAUACGCGAUCUCUAACCCUAAAGCUUAGACAACAUGGUACGCUUCUGGGAAAAAUUAUUCCCCAUUCACUUCAUCCAGAAACAUUGGAUUGGAUUGAUCCUGCUAAAAAUAAUUUGGUUUCGGAAGUAAGCAGAACUGAUAUCAAAGUUUUCAACGCUCAUGGUGAUGUUCAUAUCGCUGCACUAGAUUGCGGGAUGAAGUUUAAUCAAAUACGUUGUUUUGUUAGGAGAGGUGCAAAGGUGACGGUUUUGCCGUGGUCAACUGACUUGACUAAAACCGAAACAAAUUAUGAUGCACUAUUUAUUAGUAAUGGUCCUGGAGACCCUAUUCAGUGCAGUGGUAUUAUUGACCAAAUUCGAGGAUGGAUGACCAAAAAAAAACCUCUAUUCGGCAUUUGCUUAGGUCACCAGUUAGUUGCUUUAGCAUGUGGCUUCAAAACAUACAAAAUGAAAUAUGGAAAUAGAGGUCACAACCAACCGUGUGUUCACUUGCCUACUGGACGCUGUUUUAUAACCAGUCAGAAUCAUGGAUAUGCAGUUGACACUAAAAAUAUCCCGGAUGGCUGGUAUGAAUUGUUUCGGAAUAAAAAUGACUGGUCAAAUGAAGGUCUUGCUCAUUACACUCAUCCAUGGAUGACUGUUCAAUUUCAUCCUGAACACAUGGCUGGACCAAACGACCUGGAGUUUUUGUUUGAUGUUUUCCUAAGUUACAUCCGAUCAUCUGGUGGACAGAGUCUAAGUGAUCAUCUAACGAGACACAUUUCCUAUGACCAGGAGAAAUUUGAAAGAGUGCUUUGCAGCAAAGACAAUAAACCAAGAAAGGUUUUGCUUCUAGGUUCUGGCGGGUUAUCAAUUGGUCAGGCUGGGGAAUUUGACUAUUCUGGUAGUCAGGCUCUUAAGGCCCUUCGAGAAGAAGGUGUUCAAACGUUACUGAUCAAUUCAAACAUUGCAACUGUACAGACGACCGAAGGAAUGGCUGAUAAGAUAUUUUUACUUCCAAUUGCACCAGAUUCUGUUGCCCGCGUUAUAAAAGCUGAGCGUCCGGAUGGUCUUCUAAUAGCUUUCGGUGGCCAAACUAGCUUGUCAUGUGGUCUCGCUUUGACAAAAGUUAGGUCAAGUUCCUUAAUUUCGGAUCUUAAAGGUGAAGAUUCAAAGGCAUCAAAUGUGUUGGAUUUAUAUAAUUGUCGAAUUUUGGGUACUUCCAUAUCUACCGUUGAAAUAACAGAAGAUAGAGAACUAUUUGCAACAGCUAUGCGAGCUAUAGGAGAAAAAGUUGCUCCGGCAAAUGCAGCGACCUCUGUACAGGAUGCGGUCAAAGUUGCAAAUGAUCUUGGUUAUCCUGUACUUGUACGUGCAGCUUUCGCAUUAGGAGGAAUGGGGUCAGGGUUUGCUGAAAACGCUACUGAACUAGAACGACUGGCUGGUAAAGCUUUGGCUCAGACGACUCAAAUUUUCAUCGACAAAUCCUUAAAGGGAUGGAAAGAAGUUGAGUAUGAGGUUAUACGUGAUGCUUAUGACAACUGCAUUACAGUCUGUAAUAUGGAAAAUGUCGAUCCUGUAGGCAUUCACACUGGGGAAUCUAUUGUUGUAUCACCAAGUCAAACACUCUCAAAUGUUGAGUAUUAUAUGUUACGAUCUGUUGCAAUUAAAGUUGCUCGUCAUCUGCGGAUUGUUGGUGAGUGCAAUAUUCAGUUUGCGUUAGACCCACAUUCUUUGAACUAUUACAUCAUUGAAGUAAAUGCCCGACUGUCUAGAAGCUCUGCGCUCGCUAGUAAAGCCACUGGUUAUCCUAUAGCCUAUAUAGCUGCUAAACUUAGCCUGGGCAGGAGUCUCCCAGAACUUACAAACAGUGUAACUGGUGGUCUCACCACAGCAUGUUUCGAACCUAGUUUAGAUUACUGUGUUGUGAAAGUCCCUCGCUGGGAUUUAGCAAAGUUUUCCAGGGUGAGUCGCAAAAUUGGCAGCUCCAUGAAAAGUGUUGGUGAAGUAAUGGCAAUAGCACGCUGUUUUGAAGAGGCCUUGCAAAAAUCUCUUAGAAUGACGAACGAAAGUGUCUCUGGAUUUGAUGGCUCACUCGAAGUUCCUGAUGAAGAUGAUUUAUCUGAUCCUACAGAUGUACGAAUCUACAAAUUAUCUGCAGCACUACGAUCCGGCUGGUCAGUCGAACGUCUUCACGCGCUUACUUCCAUAGAUCCAUGGUUUCUAUAUCGUAUGCGCUCCAUUGUUAACUGUGCAAAAGAGUUAGAAUCGCUACAUGACGGGGCUCUCGCAAAUGCUAUGAAGUUAUUAGAAUGUAUACCAACAACCGUUCCAGACAACAGCUCCUUUCAUACUUUGGUGCGACAUGCUGAAAAAGUGAUGGUUGCUAAAAGGCUUGGUUUCAGUGAUGUCCAGUUAGCUCGUGCUUUACGUUCGACUUCAGUCAUGGUUCGUUGGUUUCGUAAACACCUUAACUUAAAACCACUGAUCCGCUUAGUCGACACUGUGGCAGGAGAAUGGCCUGCAACUACAAAUUAUCUUUACACAACUUAUGCAGAUAUUGCAUUAGGAAAUAUUCAACAUUUACUCAAAUCUUUCGAUGACUGUCAAACCGAAACUUUAGUAUCACAGAAAAUGAUAGAUUUACUAUUAAAGUGCAUGACUGUGACCAAAAUUCAUGAAGUCUCACCUGAGCAAAAAUCAAGCAUUAUGGUUCUUGGCUCUGGAGUUUAUCGUAUUGGCUCUAGUGUUGAGUUCGACUGGUGUGCUGUCGGUUGUGUCAAGGAACUUCGACGCCUGGGAUGGAAAACAGUUAUCAUCAACUGUAAUCCCGAAACUGUGUCAACGGAUUUUGAUAUGUGUGACCGACUCUAUUUUGAUGAACUAUCUCUUGAACGUGUUCUAGAUAUAUAUGAAUUCGAAUCACCCAUAGGUGUUAUUGUUAGCAUGGGCGGCCAAACACCAAAUAACAUCGCUAUGCCAAUGCAUCGUUUAGGUGUACCUAUUCUUGGCACAAGUGCUGAGUCCAUUGACAAUGCUGAAAACCGUUUCAAGUUUUCACGUUUGUUGGACUGUAUCGGGUUGUCACAACCUAGAUGGAAAGAACUCACUGAUAUUGAUUCAGCCAAGGCCUUCUGUGAAGAAGUCGGUUACCCAUGUCUCGUUCGACCAAGUUACGUGUUAUCUGGUGCUGCUAUGAAUGUUGCAAACGAUCAUGAUCAAUUAAUUACAUUCUUGACUGCCGCAAAAAAUAUUAGUCCAGAACACCCAGUUGUUAUAAGUCAGUUUAUUUUGGAUGCCAAAGAAAUAGAUGUUGAUGCUGUUGCACAAUCUGGUCGCCUAGUUGCAAUGGCUGUCUCUGAACAUGUGGAGAAUGCUGGCGUUCAUUCAGGUGAUGCAACACUUGUCACACCCCCUCAAGACCUCAACGAAGAAACUGUGAAACUUAUUAAAGAACUAGUUCGAGCUUUAGCUGAUGAACUCGAAGUAUCGGGUCCAUUCAACCUACAACUUCUUGCUAAAGACAAUCGUCUUCUAAUCAUAGAAGCUAACUUGAGAGUCUCCCGUUCUUUUCCAUUUGUAUCUAAAACACUAAAGUAUGAUUUCAUAGCAGCUGCUACACGAGCCAUUCUUGGUGCAGCACGUGAUUCCAUACAACCCCCAUUUGAUACACAUAGUUCAAAGCUGGAAAGAUUGUCUCUAUCCAAGUCCUUUCUUGAACCAUCUGUCAACGUUUUGGAGAACCCUGUAGGAUAUGUUGGUGUAAAGGUUCCGGUAUUCUCUUUCGCACGCCUUUUGGGUGCUGAUGUUUUGUUGGGUGUCGAAAUGGUCAGUACUGGUGAAGUAGCAUGUUUUGGUGUUGAUCGCUAUGAAGCUUAUCUGUUAGCACAAGCUGCUGCACUAUGUAAUACCAAUGGACUCCUUCCUAAACCAGGUGAUAAUGUAUUCUUAUCUAUAGGGAGUUAUCGUCAUAAAUUGGAAAUGCUUCCAAGUGUUAAACAGUUACACCAACUUGGAUACAAAUUAUACGGAAGCUGUGGAACUGCUGACUUCUAUCAAACUCAAGGCAUUUCUAUCAUCCCGGUUGAAUGGCCUUACGAAGAAUCAGAUAUAUGCAUUUCUGAUAAUAAAGUUCAAAAUAAUAUGGAUGCAAACUCAAAAGACGGUACAAUUCAGCAGUAUCUUAAAGAUAAACUGUUUUCAUUGAUUGUUAGUUUAUCAUUGAAAAAAGUGGGAUCACGACGUCUUUCAGCAUUUGUUACACGUGGCUAUCAAACUAGACGUCUUGCCGUUGACACAAAUGUACCGCUUCUAACUGAUGUAAAACUGGCUAAACUUCUUAUCGAAGCUCUUUAUCGUUAUUUUCAUGGACAAAGUGCAAAUAAAACACUAAUAAAAUCUGAAGACAACGAAUAUAACGUAUAUAAACAAUCAUUCCUUCAUCGUUUACUUCCAUUGCAUUCAAUAACUUCCAGUCAAAUAAUCUAUCUGCCAGGAUUGAUCGAUAUUCACGUCCAUACCAGGGAUCCCGGAAUGGAAUAUAAGGAGGACUGGACAUCUGUUACUAAAGCUGCACUUGCGGGUGGUAUAGUAACUAUUUUAGCAAUGCCAAACACCGAUCCUGCAAUAGUUGAUGAAGAUACCUUUAACAUUAUGAGCAGAAAUGCAACAUCUAAAGCUUGUUGUGAUUACGGUCUUUAUGUUGGCGCAUCAUCAGAAAAUGCUUCCACUAUUAGUUCUCUGUCUCACAAAGCCGUUGGACUCAAGAUGUAUCUUAAUGAAACAUUUACUUGCUUAUCGUUAGGCAAUAAGCUUAAUAUUUGGCGUCAACAUUUUGAAAACUGGCCAAGUGAUCGUCCAAUUUGUUGCCAUGCUGAAGGUGAAACCAUUGCCGCUGUAAUUCUUUUAGCGGAAAUUACUGGACGCAGUGUACAUAUUUGUCAUGUUGCACGUAGAGCUGAAAUUGAAUUAAUUCGUGACGCUAAACAACGUGGUCUAAAAGUCACAUGUGAAGUUUGUCCACAUCAUUUAUUCUUAACUGCAGAUAAUUUACCUCAAGAAGGUGGUUGGAAUGAAGUGCGCCCACGACUCGGUACAGAAGAUGAUAUAAACGCCCUUUGGGCUAACAUUAACACAAUCGAUUGUUUCGCAACUGAUCAUGCACCACACACUAUUUCUGAAAAGAGUAAAGCGUCAGGGGCACCUCCUGGAUUUCCAGGUUUGGAAACAAUGUUGUCGUUGUUACUGACCGCUAUGUAUAAUGGCCGGCUUACGCUUACUGAACUGAUUGAACGCCUGUAUAUUAAUCCAUACAAAAUAUUUGGAAUACCAACUGCUCACACUUUAUAUGAAGCUGUGAACUCAGUUAGUCGGGGGAUAUAUGGCGAAACAUGGGUUGAAGUUGACAUGAGUGCUGAAUGGCGUAUCCCUGGGGCUGCAUGGGAAACCAAAUCAGAAUCUGCACCUUCAUUCUUUACUCGUGCUAAUUGGAGCCCUUUCGCUGGAAGAGUUGUUCGUGGUCAAGUUCGUCGGGUCAUGCUCCGAGGUCAUCUAGCAUUUGUCGAUGGACGUGUUUUGGUAGAACCUGGUUUCGGUAAGGAUGUGUCGUCAGACAUAUCCUUGUCUAAGAAUUCUUACGAUCCACUAACAAUUGACACUUCUUUAAAACAUAUUCCUGUCUCAGCUGGUUCUCCCACUCUUAGAAACCGAUAUAAUUCAAUUAAUGAACGUGUUCAGAUAUCUCAAGAUGAACCUGGUACACCGAUCCCAGCUACCGCUCAAAGUGAUGAGGGACCUCGUAGUCCAAUUAUUGUAUACCAACCUUCUGCAUCUGGUCUGAUUCCAACUGCCCAACUACCUCAAACCCACCAAACCCUCCCAAGUAUAUGGUUAGAAGGUUUAUCAGGGAAGCAUAUACUUUCUUCUCUGGAUUUCUCAAAAGAUCAUCUUCGUCGGUUGUAUAACUUAGCGCAUAGUUUUAGAGUUGCUCUAAAUAAAAACAAACCUUUAGAUCAGAUAUGUCGUGGAAAAGUAAUGGGAAAUCUGUUUUUUGAACCAAGUACGCGUACUUCUAAUUCAUUUGCUAUAGCAAUGCAGCGACUGGGUGGCACUGUAAUGCAUUUUUCGGAAUCUACCAGCUCCCAGACAAAAGGUGAAACUGUUUUAGAUACUGUACGGAUAUUAGCCAGUUAUUGUGAUUGCUUGGUAAUUAGGCAUCCUGGAAAAGGUGCUAUACACGCUUUAGCAAAUUCAAUAGUACACAAACCAAUUAUAAAUGCAGGCGAUGGAAUAGGCGAGCAUCCCACUCAGGCACUACUCGAUGUUUUCACAAUCAGAGAGGAGAUCGGGACAGUGAAUGGUCUAACUAUCACUAUGGUCGGCGAUCUCGCUAAUGGACGCACAGUACAUAGUUUGGCCCGAUUAUUAUGCUUAUAUAAAGUCAAACUACGUUACGUCACUCACAGAGAUGAAUUUAAGAUGCCAGCAGAAGUUAGAUCGUAUGUUGCUGAUCGUGGUAUUCCACAAGAAGAGAUGACUAGCUUGGAGGAGGCACUACCUGAUACUGAUGUUCUCUACAUGACACGUGUGCAAACAGAAAGAAUGAGUGAUGACAGAGAUGCCCGGCGUGAUCAAUUCGUUGUUACACCUGAACUGAUGACACUAGCCAAACCUAGAGGAAUGAUUGUAAUGCACCCACUACCUCGUGUUGGAGAAAUCAGCCCCAAAUUCGAUUCCGACCCUCGAGCAGCUUACUUCCGUCAAGCGGAGUAUGGAACGCAUGUUCGCAUGGCCCUCCUGGCUAUAGUGCUGGCUAAUCCGAAAUGAACUAAUUAUGAUUCAGUCACAAUGAACAGUAUUUCUUAAACAUUAUUUUGGUAUAUUAAAAAUGUCACUAUUUUGUUUAUUGCUUUGAUACAUAAACACUUCAUGAUGUGAAAUAUUAAAUUGAUCUAAUACUCUGCAUGGGAAAUGUUACUCUACUACUAAUUAUUUACUUUUUAUAUUCAUUCUAUAAGUAGUAUCAAGAAUAAAAUUAGUUCUCAGUGCAUUUUCAUCUUCUAAACAAGUUUGGAAUACCAAAAACUGCCGGUACACAGUUCAUAAGCUACGUUCAUUGCGUAACGAAUACAUUGUGGAGAGAAAA